AUGGAUCAAGAACCACUGAAAAAGGAAAAUAAAAAGACAAAUGCCACAAUUCAACAAUUAUUGAAGAAAAUCAAUGAAUUAAUUAGCCUACAAUCUCCACUAAGCUCUCAAGUCCCCUCAACUGCUAACCACAAUAACAAUAACAAUGAAUCACCACAAAAGGUGAAUAAUUUUUCACAACAAUCCGGAAAGAAACCAAAAAAAGACAUAUCAAAACAAUCAACUCAAGAUGAAGACAUGGAAGUCACAGACUUUCCUGCUCUAGAAAGUUCAAAUAGAAAUCGAUUAGAAACAGCCCAACCAGAACUAAGUAUCAGACCAAACCAUACCAAAACCAAAAACCAACUACUGCAAAAUUAUCUAGAACAAAAAGACAACGAAGAAUACGAAACAACCACCAAUAAAGUUACUAGAAAUGCCAGAAAAAUCCCACCAAUAACCAUUCGCUACUUGACGUUUUUCUUGUUUUUCUUGGAAUUUUCCUUGGGAAUAAAAAAUGAUGGAUUAGUGAAAAGCAGACGCAAGAGAUAUGUCGCUUUUCCCGAAGGAUCAACGUUUAUUGCUACUUUAUGUUUAACAUGGAAUAUCGUUGGCAGAACGGAAAAUAUUUUCGUGGAAGGUCUCAAUUGGGGUAUAUCUUAUGACUUACCCAAUGCUACAACAGUAAUGCAGGUAUUCAAUACAAAUAAAUUUGCACAUAAAAGAAGACAGAGGAGGGAUCUGUAUAAUAGAAUAGAGAGUGUGCUGGAAAAUAUGGGCUUUGAAGGAAAACCUUGCAUCUACAGGGCCAUGUGCGAAUCUGCAAGGAAACUCAAUAGAAACGACUUACCUUUGGCUCAAGAAAUUUUACGAAAGUUUUUCACGUAUCCACUAGAAAGACUGUCGAAUCUCGAACCAGACGAACAUAGAGAAUACCAUUCGGCGACAAAAUAUAGCUUAGAAAAUAGACAUUUGGACUGUUCUGAUUUGUUUUCGGAUUGUACUUUUUCCAUUGUGAAUAUGGCUUUGGGAAACUAUUUAGUAUAA